GGAAUGUCCUGCACUAUCUAACAUGUAAGCACGUCAAAUCGUUUUCUAGACGAAUCUGAUUCUCUCUCUCUCUCUCUCUCUCUCUCUCUCUUUCAACAUGGAAUUUGAAAAGCAUGGAAAAGGAAGCUUAUUAAGUGAGAAUUUAGAGGAGAAACUGACGGUCUCUUCUGGUGAUUCUGAAGCCAAACCUCUGAUGUUCACAUUUGUCCCCACUGUCAGAAGACUACCGACCCACUUUCAGUUGGCUGACACCUCUAAAUUCCUUGUUAAAAUUCCUGAGGAACCAAGUGAUAAGAAUCCAGAAACUAUAAAUAGGUCUAAUUUCAAAGAGUACUUGACCUUGAAUACUGGCAGCCAACAGGAGAGAAGUCGAGCAACAUUGGCUUAUCCUUCAGAGGUCAGUGGAAAUAUUUCACAAGGAAGGGGAUUUAAAGCAAACAAACCUCAAGGAAUGCAGCAAGGUGACCUCUUCAAAGCUGAAUAUGUCUUUAUUGUGGACUCUGAAGGGGAAGAUGAAGCUACAAGCAGAAAAAGUGAACAAAGCCCCCCAGGGGGCAUAAGCACCACAGCUACUCGGCCCAAGUCUCUCCCAAUCUCCUCCAGUCUUGUCUCUGAUGUGGUGCGUCCCAAAACACGGGGGGCAAACCUUCAGGCCCCAUUUUAUCCUGAAAUGCCUCAUGGGAUGGCUCCUCAGCAAAAGCAUGGGCAGUUAACUUCUUCUUCCACUACCUCUGAGCAGCUUGCCUGUAAACCACCUGCUUUCUCCUUUGUGUCUCCAACUAAUCCGAAAACACCACCUGGCCCAGCUAACCUCGACGGAGCCUCUGUGCUAGAGGAGUUCCACACUAGGAGGCUGGAUGUCGGUGGGGCUUUGGUGGAGGAAUCAGCUACGUAUUUUCAAACUUCUGCUCACUCUUCACCCUUUUCUGCAUCGAAGGGUACCUUCUCGACGCUGCAGUUUCCCCACUCCACUCAGUUACCGGGUCCUAAGCUAUCCAGCCCCAGUGCCGCCGAGCAAAAGCCUGGACUGACAUCUGAAGUGCUGAAGAACACGGCAUCGUUAACCUCGCGUGUCCCUACCCCCGGAGAAAGUCUGAGAACCUCUUCUCCUUCACGCUCCUCCGGUGCUUCUCUGAAGUCCAAUCCAGCCUCCUACAUACCAGUCCGUAUUGUCAUGCAUUCACUCUCUCCAAGCCCCAAACCCUUUCCCUCCUCUUUCCACGGCUCUUCUUCCACUAUCUGUAGCCAAGUGUCAUCUAGUGGAAAUCUUUCCAAGGCAGGGGUGAAAUCCUCAGUGCCCUCCCGGCUUUCCUUUCUCACUGCCCUCCUCAGGUCAGACCCUUCUCACCAGAGGCCCUUUUCCCCUGCGUCCUGUCCCACUUUCUCUCUCAACUCCCUGGCUUCUUCCACGCUUACACUCGAUCAAAAAGCAAAGGAAACCUCACCCACACCUAAAAAGUCUCUCUCGAGUUGCUCACUGAGAGCCGGGUCUCCAGAGCAAAGGCAGCACCAGGUUCCCGACCUUAGCCAGCAACCCUUUCACUUGCCUUUUCAGAGCAAAUCUGCUCCCCUUUCCCAGGCGCCCUCCCCUUCUCCCACCGAACAUGUCAGUAGCAGCCUGGUUUCUUUGAAUGUAGAGAAAACAGCAGCAUCGCCCACUUCUUUGAAGAGCUAUCCAACGUUCUCCCUGCUGCACACAGAUGCACCGAGUCCUACAGGUCUUCCUCCUGUCCCACCAAGCUUUUCUUCUUUUUCUUGGAAGGGCAAAAGGGAUGCUGACCUCGGGGGUUCCGAAAAGCCCCGGAGUAUUUACACGUAUCCCUCUACAUCAGCUUCCUCUCCAUUAUCUUCUGAAUUUCCCACUAACCGAAGAGCUGCACUCUCGUCUCCAGAGAAAUGUUUCUGUCCUUCCCCAGCUCUUUCACACCUGAUAAACAGAUCCCAGAGAGCAUCUGCACAGCUAUCUGGCCCGGGGCAGAACCCUUCAGCCUCUGUCUCUAGUGCUAGCUCUGCCUCUCUACCCAAAUUGGGGUCGUCCCCUCUCCCUCACGCUAAUCUUCCCGCCCAGGCGCUCCAGCUCAGUCCCUCAGCACUGCACCCACAUGGCGGUGGUACCCUGCCUUCGCGACUUGGGAGAUCUGAAAGCUCCGGGUCCGACCACAGGUCAUCUGUUUCAACCCCAUCACCUCCCAUCUCUCUAACAAGAACCAAGGAGCUGAUUUCACCUUGUGCACUAUCCAUGCCAACAGGCCUUGAAAAUAAGACACCCAAGCAAUACAAGACCAAGUCAAGCUACAAGGCUUUUGCAGCAAUCCCUACAAACAUAUUUCUUUUGGAACAGAAGGCACUAGAUGAACCAGCCAAGAAUGAAAGUGUCUCCAAGGACAACACAUUAGACCCACCUCUGGAGUUGUAUAACCCUGCACAGCUCAGGCAGCAAACUGAAGAGCUCUGUGCUACCAUUGAUAAGGUCUUACAGGAAUCCUUGUCUAUGCAUUCUUCUAAUUCUUCAAGAUCCCUGCAGACAUUGUUGAGCUCUGACACUGUCAAAACUCCUACAACUGUUCCGAGAGCAGCUGGUCGAGAAACCAAAUAUGCAAACCUCUCCUCACCAUCCUCUACGGUAUCUGAGAGUCAGCUGACUAAACCUGGAGUAAUUCGCCCAGUCCCUGUAAAAUCCAAAAUAUUACUGAAAAAAGAGGAAGAAGUCUAUGAACCCAACCCUUUCAGUAAAUACCUGGAAGAUAACAGUGACCUCUUCUCUGAGCAGGAUGUGACAGCCCCUCACAAGCCUGUUUCUCUCCAUCCUUUAUAUCAGACUAAACUCUAUCCUCCUGCUAAGUCCCUGCUGCAUCCACAGACCCUCUCACAGACCGACUGUCUUACCCCUGGACCCUUCACUCAUUUGUCCUCCUUCUCACUGACUGAUGAACAGGAGAAUUCUCACACCCUGUUUAGUCACAACGCGUAUAAUAAGCUGAGUCAUCCAAUGGUGGCUAUUCCUGAACAUGAAACUCUUGAUUCCAAAGAGCAAUGAAGUUGGAGCAGAAGCAAAAAACCCAGGCUGCGCUAAAGUUUUUGGAAUGUGGUUGCUAAUUUGCUAGAUUUCACUUUUUAUUUUCUUUUUUCUACCUCCCUUCCUCCUUCCCUCCCUCCCUCCCUCCCUCUCUCUCGCUUUCUUUCUUUCUUUCUUUCUUUUUUUUCCUAUUAUGAGGGUUCCCUUUAGCAGUGAAGCAGUGGAACUGAAAAAAAAAAGUUUCUUGCGAACAUAUAACAUCUUGGUAAUCGAAUAACACCUAGCAUAGAAGAAAUUUACCUCCAGCUUUUUGCACCACUGUUAGCACCUUUAAUGCCUUCUGUUAAGCUGACAGCAAUACUAACAUGUCCCUCUAUUUAGCAGCCAAAUAAAGAAGCAUCUUGGGUAAACAGAA